AUGAAGCAUUCGCGUUUCCGUCACGUGUAUUCUAAAAGUAUUCGACGUAGUGAGUGGUACGAUACUGGAUCGGGUCAUGGACUCGCUACAGCCGCAAACCCAAAGAUGAUAGCGCUGGCUAUUGAUGUUCCUGCUGGGGGGAUUGUACAGGUUGCCAAGCUUUGUUCGAUGGGGAAAGGACAUAUGGAAAUGGGGAAGAUCAAGGACCACGAGGGUCCCGUUAGCGAUGUGAAGUGGAAUCCUUUCAAUGAUAAUGUUUUAGCAACUGGAUCUCACGAUGCUACCGUUAGGAUUUGGCACAUCGACGACAUUCUUAGAAUAAGGUGUCUGCGAGUUUUCCGGAAGCAUACUCGUCGUGUCCAUACAAUUGAGUGGCAUUGUACUGUGGACAAUGUAGUGUUGUCUGCUUCACUUGAUGGCCAGAUCAUGCUCUGGAAUAUUGAAACUGAUGACGUCGUUUUUACGAUUGAAGAGUGCUAUGCAACAUCACUUUCCUUCAGCCGAAAUUGCUGCGAAUUUGCUGCAACGACAAGGUCGCGUGAACUUGUUAUUUUCGAUUCUCGAACUGGCAAAAGAAGACGUAGCACCGAGUUAGCUCAUGACGGCUCGAUGGUGCCCCGUGUUGCUUAUAUUGGCGCAAAUUUGGAGUCAGAGCAUAUAAUUACUACAGGGAAUUCAAGAAAUACUCGUCGUCAAAUUGCAAUGUACAGUUCGCGUGAGUUAGGCGUUCCUAUAGCAGUAGUGGAUGUUGACGGGGCUGCAGGAUUGUUAAUGCCUGUUGUCGAUAAUGAUCUCAACCUGCUUUAUGUUACUGGAAAAGGUGAUGCGAAUAUUCGACUUUAUGAAGUCACAGAUGACCCACCUUACUUAAAUUAUUUGAAUGACUCAUCCGGUCAUAAAGCGUACACCGCUGUCUGUGCGAUGCCCAAACGCGGCUUGAAUGUUAAGGAAUGUGAAAUAAUGAAGCUAUUUCUGGUUGAUGCAGAGCAGUUGGUUAUAGAACCACUUUCAUUUAUUGUUCCGCGAAGGGCUGGUUGUUUUCAAGCCGAUUUGUUUCCUCCCACAAGGUCCCCCACUCCAUCACUUACCUUCCGGGAGUGGCAUGCAGGAUUAGACAGUGAGCCAAUUCUUCUUGAACUGCGUGAUUGUAUUUUAAAUUGCACAAAUAAGCCGGUGACCUUCAGCAAGCUUGAUGAUCGGCGUUCGCCGAAACUCAUUACAGCAGAUAUCAAUAACGACCGUAAAUUCCGCUUCCUUUCACAGCCAACCAGGCCGGACUACAGAGAAGUGUCCCAUCGCGAAGAUCGUGAUCACAUUUUGAAGUUGGAGCAAAUAAGAGAGAAGUUGGCAGCAGAUAUUGCUGCUGAUAAGGUGACAAAGGAAGAAAGCGAUGAUAUCGUUAGUGAUAUUUCUGCGGAUGAGAAUGCUAAACCACCUUCAAUUGUUGUGAGUGAGGAGGUGGAGGCGCUGAAUCGCAAAAAUGCUUCUUUAACUGACGCUGAGUCGGCUCCUUCCGAUAUUUUUGAAAGUGCUUCUGUUAAAAUGGGUACACUCGAAAGCGAAAGUAUGACUUCGCUUCGGAAAGUGGCGGAUACGAAACCUUCUACAGAACAUUCUCCUGUUGCCUCCAUAGAAAGUGGGAUUGCUUUCCAGGCUCCAGAGCGCCACAACAAAACGCUGCUACAUUCAGAAAGCUCUGCGGUUGCGAAUAACUGUGACAAUGGCACGAGAAGAAACGGUGGUAGUGUCGGAGCUUUAAACAGCUGCUCCGAAGAAGCUUUCAUGAGCAUGAUAAAGGAAAUGGACAAAGAAUUACGCAAAUGUCGCGAGCGUUGUGGUCAACUAGAACACGUAGUCCAUGUACAACAGCAAGACAUUGAAAGUCUUCGGUUCGAAAUAAGUUGGAAGGAUAAGCGUAUCGAGUACCUUCAGGCGCAAUUAACAGAAGUGGAUAUGGCACAUUCAGCAUCAUCACAUUCAAACUGA